AUGAUGGAAAGUCGGCGAGUGAGUGUCGCUAGUACUACUAAUGGUCUGUCAUGGCAAGAGGUGCAGGAGAUAUGUGGCCAACUUGAAGGCAUGUUUCAUGAAGACGCUCCUAAGGAUGCACAGCGUUUACGUGCGCUCAUACAAAAGCGCAAGGAAAUUGCCAACGCAUUCUACAACCGCCAGAGUUCGGCUCAGAAGCUACUGGCUCACUUGCGUGAAAACUUGAACGAGUGGGAAGAGAAGGAACAAAAAGCUCAGGAGCGUAACGAGCAACUGCACAAGCGUCUGCAGGAGCUAGACGCGUUUAAAAGAGACAUGGUCGUGCAGCUCGAUCGCUUUCGAUUGAACGAGCAGACAUCCAGAGAGUCGUUGGAUAUGCUAUUAAACAAGUAUGAAGAAGCAAGACAAGAGCUAUUGCAGUUUAAUGCUGCUCAUCAGAACGAUGUCCCAGAAGCAAAAAACCAAAUGAGUCUCUUUGCCUCGGUUACAGGAAUUCGAUGGGAUUUUAGUGACUCAAAAGUUGCUGGAGAUAUUCAUGUGCCUGCGAAAAAGCGUAUCGUCCGGUUUGAGAUCGAUCCUUCCACGGACCAUUUUACUGCUGCCAACUCGUUAUGGGACAAGAUCGACGAGGCAUUUGACGACAUUGACAUUGAUCUUUAG